AUCAUGCUUGCCAGAACUUCACCGAUUAGCUACCUGGCUUACUUCUAUAAGGAAAUAUCUCCGAGGUGGUUGGGAGCCCCGUGUUCCUGCUGCUGGACCCCGCGGUGGACCACACACGCAAGGACCUGCCCGUCAGCCUGUACGAGACGGAGCUGCACCUGUCCCCGGAGACCGGCGCUCCCGGCAUGGUGUUCGUCAAGUCGCCCUACAGCAUCGAGACCAGCGACGCAGAGCGCAUUGGUGUAGACCAGGUGGCGCGCAUUCUGGCCGGCGGCAAGGCCACCGGGUCGGAGCAGCAAUCGGCCUAGCUGGUGUCGCUACACAGCGCAGUAAAGAUGCUGCUGGAGCGGCUGCGGGUAAUCCACGGGGCCAUGGGCAAGGUGGCGGGCGUGGACGGCGCGGCGGCAGAGGCGGCCUACCCGCACAGCCUGCUGCGACAGGUGUCCAACCUGGUCCACGGCCUGCCCGCCUGCAACACGGACGCCUUCAACCGGGAGUACCUCACGGAGUACAACGACACGCUGCUCACCCUCUACCUGGCCUCCAUGAGGCGCGGCACCCACGCCGCCAACGAGAUGGUGGACAAGUUCUGUCUCGCGUACGACAAGGCGGGCCGCGGCCGGCUGGGGAUGGGCGGAGGGGCACCGGGACAGGCUAUGUACGGUGCGCCCUCCCGUGUUACCGCUUGCGGCUUGCGGGCUGCGAAAGAGGGUUGCGGAUUGCGGAUGUCAGUCGGGCUUGUGCGUGGUGCCGAAGUGUUUGGCGAAUACGCCCACAUGAGACCUCUAGGCUCAAGUAACGUGGGGCUUUGGACAGGCUGAGUAGCAUGGAGGGCUAUGGGGCUGGGGCUGCUGAGUCGUAAGUAUGUUCGUGCCAAGGGAAACGUACCGCAUGAUGGAUUCUAUCUCAGCAGCAAGGCGGGGUGGCUAGGUGCGCAGGUGUCACGCGUAUGACACGGCCGUCAGACUGCAUCGCCUCCCAAAGGACUUAGUGACCUGUAGUGAGUGCCGAUUGUUGUUGCGUGUGCGCUGGUGAGUACGGGACGAGUGUGGCAAGCCGUGUGUCGUCGCGGAUUGGUCACUACAAGUCAGUUUCUCCACGGCGGCUCCCAGACAAACAAUGGGCACGCUCGGACCUCCGACUUCGAAGCUGCUGGACUGUA